UGUGUUGUUUGAGGUUAUGUGUUGUGUUAUGUGGCUGUAGUAUUUUCAAAAUCUAGAUUAUUUUUGUAUAGUGCGUGCAAUAACAUUCCACAAAAUGCCUGAAAUUGAAAAAAGAAAAGCUGAAGAUUUUUCUUUAGUGCCAUCGAAAAGAACUAGGCAUGAGAUUUCAGUGGUCGGCACUAGAGAAAAAGCAGUAGUGACUUCUGCUGUUCCACGCACUUCAAGUUUAUAUGCGCCCAUUAUGUUACUAGAAGGACAUCAAGGCGAAAUCUUCACUGCUAAGUUCCACCCAGAAGGGAAGCAUUUAGCUUCUGCUGGUUUCGAUAGGCAAAUUUUUGUAUGGAAUGUUUAUGGGCAAUGUGAAAAUGUGAUGGUGAUGAAGGGACACACGGGUGCCGUCAUGGAGCUGUGCUUCUCUCCAGACGGCUCCCACUUGUACACCUGUGCCACGGACAACACGGUCGCCGUGUGGGACGUGCCCACUGGGGUCCGUAUCAAGAAACUCAAGGGACAUGCUAAUUUUGUCAACUCUGUAUCAGGUGCAAGAAGGGGCCCAGAACUAUUAGUAUCGGCUUCUGAUGAUAACACCAUAAAGCUGUGGGAUGCCCGGAAGCGGAACCCUAUAGCCUCCUUUGAUAACGGCUACCCUGUCACAUCAGUUUUGUUCAAUGACACAGCAGAAAAGAUCAUUUCUGGUGGAGUUGAUAACAUCAUCAAGGUCUGGGAUAUUAGAACAAAUCAGAUUUCUUACAAAAUUAAAGGACACACAGAUACAAUCACAGGCAUGGCUCUGUCAUAUGACGGAUCCUACCUACUUUCCAACUCUAUGGAUAGCACACUGAGAAUAUGGGAUGUGAGGCCUUUUGCGCCUUCAGAACGCUGCGUCAAGCUAAUGUCGGGACACCAGCACAACUUCGAAAAAAAUCUACUGCGGUGUUCCUGGUCACAUGAUGGCUCUAAGGUGGCAGCAGGGUCCUCUGAUCGAUUCUUAUAUGUCUGGGACACAACAUCUCGGCGAGUUUUGUACAAGCUACCUGGCCAUAAUGGAUCUGUCAAUGAUGUGGACUUUCACCAUACAGAGCCCAUUGUGAUGUCUGCUUCCAGUGACAAGCAGAUAUAUCUGGGAGAGAUAGACCAUUAAUUUAGGCUGUGUAACUAGUGUUUAUUUAUGAGGAAAGUGCUUAUACAAAACUCAUUUUAUAAGAUGGACAAUUUCAAGUGGGAAUGUGAAAGACUAUGAUAAUAAAAGAAAUGGUUUGUGCAUUGUAAUA